AUGUCGUGGCUCAUCACCUCGGCACAAACUCCACAGAAGUUUCCGUUUCUCCUCAGGACUACUGGCACCCCUAGUUCCCGAGUUUGUUUCCUGCGCUUCCCCCUGUCUUCCUGCGUUGGAGACGCAGCAAGCCCCGGCAACUCUAACGAAAAGGUCAAUUGCGAGGCUGCCACGUACGCCUGGCUCCAGGAGAACUGCCCUUUGGUUCCUAUCCCGAAGCUCUACGGCUUUGGGCUGUCCACUGACCCGAGAGUAAGUGCCGUGGCUCGCACCCGUCUGGCCGACCUCGAUAUUGGCUACGUUCUCAUCCAAACAAUAACUUCGGGCGAGAUGCUCCCAGAGUCUUGGGAUGAAAAGCGCGACGACGUCCGCCUGCAGCAGAAUCUGCAGCGAGACCUCGCCAGCAUCAUUCUCUCCCUGGCAAGCAUCCGCCAGCCCCGUAUCGGCUCUUUCCGACUUGACGGCAAGGGAUAUCGGCAUCUGGAUAACCGUCCCUUGAACUUGGAGGCUUUCGACGACCGGCGCCUCCACCAGCCCAACGCGGUAGAAAGUCGCGACGACGCAUGGUACCAAAUGUCCAGCCUGGCCGCCGCCGAAAUAGUAUUCCCACAGCUCUUCCAAAAGAAGCUGGUCAACGGGCCCUUUGCCCUCUGUUUAACCCAUCUUCACCGAAGCAACAUCUUUGUCGACGACAACUGGAAUCCGCCGUACUGGCUCAGCGGAAAAUUGGUCGACGAGAUUGAACCUGCUGAAGACGCACCCGUGCAUGCCAAGUUUCUCCAACGCCUACGAGACGAGGAGCAGAUUCAGAACCACACGCGAAACGCGGAGCCCCUCUCUUCGACCAUGCAGGAAGCUUGGAUUUACGGUUCGUUUUGGGUCACUCUGGCAGUGAUGGAUCCGGUAGGAUUUACGUCAGUUUUUUACGACCGUAUAUUGCCCGAGCACUUCUCCUUCUCCCCGGAAGAGCUGACCAAGGCCGAUUACCAUUUCUUUGCCCGCUUCUGGCGACGUGAUAUAUCCAGCAUCAUUGAUAAAAAGCAGCAUGAUCGAAGCGAGUAUUCUGAAGAAGGUCUUUGCUGA